UAAUGAAAAGAGUGAAAUGGGGGGCAAAGCAAAUUAAACAGCCCUAAAGAGAGAGAGAGGAAACCCGCCCAUCAGGCCAACACCUUUCUUCCUUUUUCAUUCUCAAAUUCUCAAUCAAAUCGCAUCACAUCCCAUUCAUGCCCAAAUUCCAGAUCUAACCAACACUCCCAAAUGUCCCACAUUCCCACCGCCGGCUACGGCACCCUCGCCGGCGCCACUCCCACUCCCACUCCCACCGGAAUUACUCCAUCCACCGCCGCCACCUCCUCGGUGACUCCCCGUCCAUGGCGCGAGUUUCUAGACCUAUCAGCCCUCUCCCGCCCCUACUCCUACGACGACGCCAUGAUCCGAGUCCGAAGAAACCUGAGCUACUUCCGCUUCAACUACGCCGCCGUCACGCUCCUCAUCGUCUUCCUCAGCCUCCUCUGGCACCCUAUCUCCAUGAUCGUCUUCCUCCUCGUCCUCGUCGCCUGGUACUACUUCUACUUCUCCCGCGACGUCCCCCUCGUCGUUUUCAACCAAACCCUCGACGACAGAACCGUGCUCUGCGUUUUGGGAUUGCUCACUGUCGUUUCGCUCGUCUCCACUCACGUCGGCCUCAAUGUCCUGCUCUCGUUAAUCGUCUCGGUGGUUCUCGUUGGCUUGCACGCUGCGUUUAGGGUUACCGAGGAUUUGUUUCUUGACGAGGAAAGUUCGUUGCUUUCCGUUGUGGGGACUCAGCCUAUCAGAACAAAUUAUACCCCCAUUUGAUUAUAUUAUAUUCGCUUCCGCAACCACCAUCGAGUUCUUGACUUCCCCCCCUUAAUUUGACAAGUUUAAAUUCUUAAUUGAGAAGGCAGAGUUCAAAUUUCGAAGAUGGGUCCUUUGUUUCGGAGACCAGUCACUUAUUGAAACAGUGUUGUAACUGUGUCUGUGGUGAGGCAUUGAUCAACAUUGAAUUGGAAUUUGGAAUUAGGUGUGUUAUGUCAAUUUCUGUCAGAGAGAUACGGGAAUUUUCUGAGGAACUGGAUUGGUUAAAGUAGUGACUCACAAUGGAGUUAUUUUGCUUGUUCAUCUUGUUUUUCAGUUCCUUGUUUAGUUUCUAUUUGAUAAGUUUGAGUCUCUUGCUGCUCAUCCUCAUUUUUUAUCGUUGUUAAUGUAUCUCACUGAUGGUUCUGUUUUUGUUGGCUGCUGUGUUGCCCUUGGUAAUUUUGAUCAUUUGCUCGACCUUCAAUUGAAUUCAUUGCGAAAUGCUGAUUGUAUUUUACACUUGUGGUUUUGUAAAUGUUCGUUUUCUCAUUGCAUAUGGC